AUGCAUGUUGAACCACAUCCAAUCAUUUGGGGGUCACUGCUAAAAGCCUGCAAGAUACAUAGGAAUCUAGAGAUAGGUAAAGAAAUAGGGAAACUCGUAACUGAAAUGAACCCUGAUCAUAGUGGAAGGUAUAUUCAGUUAUUCACUUGGCAAACAUCCAUGAACAAUGAAAAAGAAACUGCUAUCAAUCAGCACAGUGAGAAGCUGGCUGUUGCAUUUGGGUUGACUCAUACUAAACCAGGGACAGGAAUUCGGAUUUUCAAGAAUCUUAAUGUUUGUGAAGAUUGUCAUGAUGUGAUGAAACUCAUUUCCGGGAUUUAUAAUAGGGAGAUUGUAAUGCGGGACAUAAUUUGGUUCCACUGUUCCAGAGAUGGAAGAUGUUCUUGUGCUGACUAUUGGUAA